AUGUUUUUAUAUCGAUAUUACUUAUCGAGUAUAUUAUUAUUAUGGUCAACAUCCUCGACUGAACCGUGCUUAUCUUAUCAGAUAAGCCAUGUUAAGGUUCAACAUUGGCUCCAAGGACUAAAUCCACUUAUAUAUGGUCCGUUCAGAUGCAAUGUAAGGCCGUAUGAACAUGCUCGUAUGUAUCGCACACCUUACCUUUUCAAUUUAAAUUCCUUAAAUUUAUCUCGCUAUAAUAAUGGUUUAAAUAACUCGAAGACAGUUGUAAAUAGUGAAAAUUACAACGCAGUUUAUUCACAAACAUCACACGAAUCGCAAUCUGAUGAAGAUAAUGGUUUAUUACCAAAUGAUGAUAGCACACAAAAUAAUUUAAAAUAUAAAGCAACAGACAGAGCGAAGCUAAUAUCGCACUUGUGCUCCUAUGAUGAUAACCCGCACCUGAUACAGCAGAUUCAAAGCCGCCUGAGUAACUACGAGGCUUUGAUAAACACAUUUAAAGUUAACCCGUAUCCAGAAGUUACCGCUAACUAUUAUGACGAGUUUACAAGUGUUAUUUCGGAAAAUGAGUCGCUGAGUAACGGAGAAGAGACGGAGAAGUGUUACAAAGUAUAUGGAAGAGUGGAAAGUAUAAGGUUUGACGGCCACUUCAUGGACAUAGUUAACAUAAACAGAGAUUUUAAAAACUACACAAACGCAGAAUUAAUUCAGAAAAGGUUGACGAGGAAUAAUAAGUUACAAGUAAUGUUCAGAUUGGAGGAACCAAUAUUGGUAGACAAUGGGCAUUAUGAUAGAGAAUUGAGUAGUUCCAAGGAUGAAGAUGAGAUGGUGCUGUGUAAGCAGAUAGUGGGAACAGUGGACAUAGGAGACGUGCUGGAACUGUACGGGAACGUAAAGAAGACGAAUUCGGGGGAGAUUUCAAUAGUGCCCAAGAGGAUUAAGUUUCUCUCAAAGUGCCUGAUCCCGCAGCCGAGUAAGCAGCACGGACUGAAGGACAUAGAGACGAGGUUCAGACUGAGGCACUUGGACCUGAUGAUGAACGAUAAGAGUAGGAUGUACGUGUUGAAGAGGUACCACAUAAUAGCGAAGGUCAGGAAGUUCCUGACUGACAACGAAUACAUGGAGGUGGAAACGCCUAUACUGAACCACUAUGGCAUGGGAAACUUGGCAGAGUCGUUUGAAACGUACUACAACAAGCUGGAGCAGAAAGUAAAGCUGAGAAUAGCACCAGAGUUUAGCAUAAAGAAGUUGGUGCUAGGAUUGCCGUUUAAGAAGGUUUUUGAAAUUGGAAAGUGCUUCAGAAAUGAGGGAACGAGCCUCAUUCACUCGCCGGAGUUUACAAUGGUUGAAAUAUAUGAAAAAAUGGUAGACUAUAACAAAAUGAUACAGCUGUUUGAAAGAAUUGUCGACUACGUACUAUCAUAUGAUAAUUUGGGCACCAUGUAUGAAGUAAAGUGGUCCAGAAAGAGAUUCGAUGAUGCAAUAGAAGAAUAUACGGGGAUAGACAUAAAGCUGUAUAAUAAGAAAAGGUUGGAAGAAAGAUUAGAAGAAUUGAAUGAAGCGAAUCAGUCAAGUGAGCAGAACUCUGCAGAGCAAUCGAAAGGCACUUUCAGUACCUGGGGAGAAGUGGCGAAUGAAAUAUUUGAAAAGCACGUGGUGCCUAAGCUGAGGUACCCAGUCCAUAUAACAGAUAUGCCUUUGCAAAUAUCGCCACUGUGCUACUAUGAUUUGAAAGAAGAGGGUAUGAGCGAUGAUGGCACCAGUACCAGUACUACUAAUAGUGGCCAUCCAACCGAUUGUGAAGGCAUUGCUGAUAGUGUCGAUCCAACAAAAUGUAGAGGCAGUACUGAUACUGACACAAAUGAACUCAAUGGCAAUACUGAUGGUACCUAUGGAAGUGAAUGCGAUAGCCUUACUGGCGACUGUAAGCUCUUUAGCAACAGGUUUGAGAGCUACUUGGGAGGCAUGGAAGUAGCGCACGGGUGCACAGAGCAGUGUAACCCACUGAUACUGGCAAGUAGGUUGGUGAGUAACAACGGAGAAGCCACGUCGGAAAAAGGUGUGGAAACGAAACAUACUGGACGCAAUGAGGUCGACAGGGAGUUUAUGCACAGCGCAUUCUGCGGAAUGGAACCCAUGUCAGGCCUGGGAAUAGGAGUGGACAGACUUGUGAUGUUCGCAACGAGGGCAAAGAACAUUAAGGAAAUUCAGCCUCUUCCGAGCUUAAGGAAGCUUUGA